AUGCCAGAAUUUAUAGAAGAACAAGAGAUAGACAACAUAACUGUUGAUAAUUCUAUGGAAAAUUUGGUUAUACGUGAAAAAACUAAGAUUAUCUACAAAAUAAGCUGCAGAUCUUAUGAUGAAAUGAGUAGAUGGCGAAAUGAUUUUCUUUCCUAUAACUUAAUAAUAGAGUUCUUAUUAAGCCAGACGUUGACAAUAGAAUCCAAACAAGAAGAAUGCCACUUCAUGAACAUUUAA